AUGGCUCCUCAACUCGAUGCAUACUUCUCAAAGGUCGACGAGCUUCAAGACCACUUCAUUGAGAGACUGAGAAAGGCUGUCGCCAUCCCCUCUGUUUCUUCCGAGGAUGACAGAAGACCUGAGGUCGUCCGCAUGGGCAAGUUCCUCGAGUCUGAACUGAAGGCCCUUGGUGCCCACGUCGAGGCCCGCCCCCUCGGUCCCCAGCCCCACAAGGAGUAUCUCGAGCUCCCUCCCGUCAUCAUCGCCCGCUACGGCGAGGACCCCAAGAAGAAGACCAUCCUCGUCUACGGUCACUACGAUGUCCAGCCUGCCGCCAAGGAGGACGGCUGGGCCACCGAGCCCUUCGAGCUCACCAUCGACGACAAGGGCCGCAUGUUCGGACGUGGUUCCACCGACGACAAGGGUCCCGUUCUUGGCUGGCUCAACGCCAUCGAGGCUCACCAGAAGGCCAACAUCGACUUCCCCGUCAACCUUCUCAUGUGCUUCGAGGGUAUGGAAGAGUACGGCAGCGAGGGUCUCGAUGACUUCAUCAACGCCGAGGCAAAGAAGUUCUUCAAGGACACCGAUGCUGUCUGCAUCUCCGACAACUACUGGCUCGGUACCGAGAAGCCUUGCCUUACCUACGGUCUUAGAGGUUGCAGUUACUACAGCAUUGAGAUCAGCGGUCCUGGUCAGGAUCUUCACAGUGGUGUCUUCGGUGGUACCGCCCAGGAGCCCAUGACCGACCUCGUCCGCGUUAUGGGAAGCUUGGUCGACACCAACGGUAAAAUCCAGAUCGACGGGAUCAAGGAGCUGGUCGCCCCUGUCACCGAGGAAGAGAAGAAGCUGUACGAGGGUAUUGCCUUCACCAUGGACAACCUGCACGAGUCGCUCGGCAGCCAGACCACCAUCUUCGAGGACAAGGAGAGCACCUUGAUGGCCCGCUGGAGAUUCCCCUCUCUGUCGCUCCACGGUAUCGAAGGCGCCUUCUCCGCUCCCGGCGCAAAGACCGUCAUCCCCGCCAAGGUCAUCGGAAAGUUCUCGAUCCGCACUGUGCCCAACAUGGAGAUCCCCGAGGUCAACAGACUCGUCGAGGCUCACGUCAACAAGGUAUUCAAGACUUUGAACUCCAAGAACACCUGCAAGGUUGUCGAGCAGCACUCUGGCAAGUGGUGGGUUGCCUCGCCCAAGCACUGGAACUUCACUGCUGCCGCCAAGGCCGUCGAGUCAGUCUUCAAGGUCCAGCCUGAUCUUACCCGUGAGGGUGGCAGCAUUCCUGUUACUCUUACCUUUGAGCAAGCUACCGGCAAGAACGUUCUUCUCCUUCCUAUGGGUUCCAGCACAGAUGCCGCUCACAGCAUCAACGAGAAGCUUGACAAGCGCAACUACAUCGAGGGAAUCAAGCUCUUGGGCUCGUACUUACAGCACGUGGCCAUUGAGAAUGUGAACGAGUCGUAG